GUGACAGCUCCCAUUUCCUCAUAUGAGAAACACCGAGUGAAUGGAUUUGGGUGGAGAGUGAGAGCUAGUGACGUCCGAGGCGAGCAUCAGUCUGCAUUUAAGAUUUAUUCCAGAAACCGACUCCACCUGUUAAAAAAAAGGCGAUCCUGAAACAACACAUUUUCUGUCUAAAUCUGGAGAUGGAUUUGUAUGGGAAGAUGGCAGCCACUCAAGAUGGAAAACAGAAAGAUAACUCCGAACAAAACUUUGACUACAUGUUCAAACUGUUGAUCAUCGGGAACAGCAGUGUUGGAAAGACAUCGUUCCUGUUCCGCUAUGCCGAUGAUUCAUUUACAUCGGCUUUCGUCAGCACAGUGGGGAUCGACUUCAGGGUCAAAACCGUGUACAGGAACGACAAGAGCAUCAAGUUGCAGAUCUGGGACACAGCAGGCCAGGAGCGCUACAGGACCAUUACUACAGCUUACUAUCGUGGAGCCAUGGGAUUCAUCCUCAUGUAUGAUAUCACUAAUGAAGAGUCCUUCGCUGCUGUGCAAGACUGGUCAACUCAGAUUAAGACCUACUCAUGGGACAAUGCCCAGGUGAUCCUAGUUGGGAACAAAUGUGACAUGGAGGAGGAGAGGAUAGUGUCUGUGGACAGUGGAAGACUCCUGGCCGAACAGCUGGGUUUUGAGUUCUUCGAGACAAGUGCGAAGGACAAUGUCAACGUCAAGCAGACCUUUGAGUGCCUGGUGGAUGUUAUCUGUGAUAAAAUGGCUGACAGUCUUGAGAGCAACCCUGCUGAAACUACUGGAACUCCCACAGCCAAACUGAGCGACAACGCUGUACCGCCCCAGCAGUCCGAGUGCAGCUGCUAGUGAUACCUACGCAGCCUGUGCGUGUGUGUGUGUGUGUGUAAGUGUGUGUGGUUUCUGUGCUGUUGCCAAUCUUUCAGACAAAAAAAAAAAAUACAUCACCGAACCCCAAGGUCGAGACGUAGGUUGGCGAGAAGCUUUGCAAAAUUCUUGGAAUAGAAACGGUUUUCCAGUCUUAUCUCUAACUCUAGACCAGGAUAAUCAACGCGGAUCUCUCAGUUUAGAUUACUAUUGCUGAAGAAAACUCAAAGAUAUGGUGAUGUUGUGCCAAAAUAUCACGCUGUCAGAGGUCCCCUAUGUGAUUAUAAUCACUGUAAAGGCCUUAUCUUAUGCAUUGAGGUUUAGAUAAUCGCAGUAGAUCUCCUAAACUGUGCAAUAUGCCGUUUUGUGUCAUUUAAGAUGAAAGAAAAAAAAAAAGAAGCCAUGAACUGAAACAGCAGCUGUGCUUAUUCCCACUCGCCUCAGGGGAAUCACAUAUGUGUGUAUCGCUUUCUUUCUACCUAAUGUACAUAUAUAUAAUUGGUAAGCUUUUGUUAUAUAUCCUAACUAACGAGUGUUUUGUUGAUUGAAGUCUAUUACAAUAUGUAUUGAAAAGCUAUGCCAUUAUAGGUGAAUAAAUGUGGCCUUAAAACCUCUAAAAAAGA